AUGAGACUGCCGUGGCGGGCCGUCCCUCCUCCUGUCAGGGCAGCCUCCUCAGUCCCUGCGGGGAAGCUGAGCUUCGUCCCUGCCUGCAGUUCUACGGACGCCUCGUCUCUGGAGCUGCUGCAGGACUUUGUGACUCGGGCCCGGCGACUGUUCGUCAUCACCGGAGCGGGUUUCUCCACCGAGUCUGGCAUCCCUGACUACCGCUCGGAGGGGGUCGGGCUCUACGCCCGCACCGACAGACGACCCAUGCAGCACUCGGAGUUCAUCCGCAGUGCGAAGUCCCGCCAGCGGUACUGGGCCAGGAACUUUGUCGGGUGGCCGCAGUUUUCCUCCCACCGGCCGAACCGUGGCCACGCGGUGCUGCGGCGCUGGGAGGACGGAGGGAAGCUGCACUGGCUGCUCACGCAGAAUGUAGAUGCUCUUCACGCAAAAGCAGGACACAAGCGGCUCACGGAGCUCCACGGCUGCUCCCACAGAGUGUUGUGUCUGGGUUGUGGUGCCAUCACAGCCAGGGAGGAUCUGCAGAGACGAUUCGCUUCCUUAAACCCGGGGUGGAGAGCUCAGGCGGGCACUGUGGCUCCGGACGGUGAUGUCUUCCUAGAAGAAGAGCAGGUGCUCAACUUCAGAGUCCCGUCCUGCGAGCAGUGUGGGGGGAUACUGAAGCCGGACGUCACUUUUUUUGGCGACACCGUCAGCAGAGCAACUGUCCAGUGUGUUCACGACAGACUGGCAGAGUCAGACUUGGUGCUGGUUGUGGGAUCAUCGUUGCAGGUGUACUCAGGAUACAGGUUUUUGCUGGCAGCGAGCGACAGGAAGAUGCCGAUCGCCAUUCUGAACAUCGGCCCCACCAGAGCAGACCACCUGGCUGAGCUGAAAGUGAGCGGCCGCUGUGGUGAAGUGCUGUCAGCCAUUCAGCCUCUCUGACGCCGUGAUUAGUGGAGGAUCGUGUGAAAUCUGCUGAAAAACUGAUUUAACGUCUUCCGAAUGAGCUGAGACUGACUCAUCUGCCAGGACGAGUAAAAAGACGGUUCAGCCGCUUUUUAAUAAAACGAGUUAGUUAUAACUGUUGUCAGAGAUGAAAAUAUAGAGUGCUAAACUUUAUAUAUGAAGAGCUUUAUUUAACAGAACUGGUAUCAGUUCAAAUUGUAGAAAUGUAUUUAUUGUUCUGUACAAUAUGUUAAGUUGCAUAAAAUAA